UUGCACUGUCAAAGCCGACACAAGAGCGAGAGCUACCAAAGAGAAUCGAGCAGAGAAAGAGAAAUAAAUAACACAGCGCUGGAGUGACUACAAAGAGCAAAAGCAUUACGAGAAGAACUUUGACAGCUGAAUUUUUCAGUCUUCGAUUUUCCUUCAGUUUUGAAGCGAGUCUUUUUUCGGGUUCCAGCUGCCAUGAUGUACCAGGGCUUCGGCGCAGAAUAUGAUUCUUCAUCCCGCUGCAGUAGCGCCUCUCCAGCCGGUGAAAACCUUCCGUAUUAUUCACCUGUUGAUUCAUAUUCCAGCAUAGGAUCUCCUGCAAAUAAAAUGCAGGACUUCUCUGACAUGUCUGUUUCAAGUGCCUCAUUCAUCCCAACUGUCACCGCGAUCUCCACUAGCCCAGAUCUGCAGUGGAUGGUCCAGCCUACGACCCUCACCUCCUCAGUGGCCCCAUCACACAACAGAGCACAUCCUUAUGGAGUUCCAGGUUCAAGCAGCCAUUACUCCAGAGCAGGGACUGUCAGAUCUUCAGGAAGCAGGGGACACAGCACUGGCAGAAAAGGGAAAAUUGAACAGCUUUCCCCUGAGGAAGAGGAAAAAAGGAUGGUCCGUAGGGAGAGGAACAAAAUGGCAGCAGCAAAAUGCCGCAACAGGAGGAGGGAACUCACCGAUACCCUGCAAGCUGAAACUGAUAGCUUGGAGGAUGACAAGUCAGCUUUGCAGACCGAAAUUGCCAACCUCAUGAAAGAAAAAGAAAAACUGGAGUUCAUUCUGGCAGCCCACAAACCUGCCUGCAAGAUCCCAGAAGAUUUGGACACCUUCUUCUCUGAGUCUAGCGUUUCUCUACAGCUGAGUAGUAUCUGCAGUGCUCCCAGUUCUCAGAUCCAAAACACCAUUUCAGAGUCCUUCACCUCUAAUGAACAUGUGGCUACCUCUUCCAAAGCAUCCAGCUUUUGCACCAGCUCUGUUUCAACAGCUUCCACUUCCACAGUGAAGAUGUCAGAUUUAGACAGUUCCUUGGUCUUAAAAGAAGAACCGUUUGAUCUGUUUGCAUCAUUGAAAGAGACCCCCAUGGAAACGGCUAGAUCUGUUCCAGAGAUGGAGUUAUCCAAUUCCUUCUACGCAGCAGACUGGGAACCCCUCUACACAUCUGUAGCAUCUGACCUGGAGCCUCUGUGCACCCCAGUUGUGACCUGCACCCCAUCCUGCCCCACAUACACGUCUUCCUUUAUGUUCACCUACCCAGAAGCUGAAUCCACCCCUAAUUGUGUGGAGGCACACAGGAAAGACAGUAGCAGCAAUGGCCAGUCCUCGGACUCUCUGAGCUCUCCAACACUGCUAACCUUGUAAGGGACUUGAAAGAGUUAAAUACUGAACUUCCAGAUCACAAUGUUUAUUACAAUCCAGGAUGUACAGAUCUUUGGACUAUGGCAUGGAAAUAUCUAAAGUGAUUAUAUUAUAUAUAUAAUAUAUAUAUAUAUAUAUAUAUAUAUAUAUAUAUAUAUAUAUAUAUAUAUAUAUAUAUAUUAAACAGUUCACCUCUUCCAAAUAUGUAGCAAAAUGCAUGUGGUUUCAUUAUAAUAAUUCAUUAUAAAUACUGCUAAAUUUCUGUGAGUGCUGUUUUAUAGAGCAUGUUGAACCAUGUUACUUGAACUAAAACAUGAACUAAAACAUUUACUAUAAGUUCUAUUCAAUUUAUUGGUGCUAGAUAUUUCAAAGUUAUAUUAUUUGUGCAGUUAACUUAAAGAACAACAUAUUAAUGCCACUAGAGAGUGGUAAAAUAAAAAAUAUAUAUGAAAAAAAAAACUUACGUUUAGAAUUCUGUUAUCCACUAGGUAGAAAUAUACGUAUUGUACACUGUAUGUUUAUUAUAGUAUUUAUGAAUACUGUAUUCCUUGUCAAACAUGGUCUGAGUGGUCUGAAUCUAAGUAUGAAAAGAAGUUUUCUGUGAAAACGUUUUUAUUGUGGUUUAAUUUAUUUAUGAAAAUUAUAUUUAUAUUUUUAAUUUUAUUUUUGUACCUUGGAAGUUUUAAAAUGCUAGUCUAUUUAAAAAAAAAAACAUAAAUCAGCAUUGCUAUGAUAUGAUGAAUAAAUACACACAAAGAGAGGCA